CUUUUAUUUUUAAAUAUUGUUUUUAGUUUCCAGUGUAUGACUUAGUGUGUUUUUUCACAGAAUGAAAGUGAUAGUGACGAUGGUUCAUUAGACUUCUGUGAUGAUGAAAUAAAUAUAUCAGAUGACGAAGAGAUUAGAACAAGGGAGAUGAGGAAAGAUUUUAGGGAAGCAAUAAUUGAGGAGGUAGAUGAUGGUGGGGACCUAGCUGAAGGUUCCAUCGAUAUAAGAAUGGAGGAGGAGUUUGGUGUUAUUCCACAUGAAGGUGGGGAUGAUGAUGAAGAUGCAAUAUCGGAUGAUGAACCUCUAAGUGGUCCCGAUAUUGAUAAUUUGAAGAAGUUAGUGGCACAACUGGACGAAUUGUUAAUAGGUAUGAUCCUAUGUGUGACCAUAACGAGAAUGUGUUUAGUCUAGGUAUGAGAUUUGAAUCUCGUGAACAGUUCAAGAUAGCUGUGCAAAAAUAUGCGGUAAUUAAUGGAUUUAACAUUUUUUGGCAAAUGAGUCAAAAGAAAAGAAUGGAAGCAAAGUGUGUGAGUGGCUGUGGUUGGAGGUUGUAUGGCAGUUGGGUUCAAAAUGAGAAAACUUUUGUAAUAAAAAGAGUUGGAAAUCCACGUAACUGCAAUAGAAGCCUUACAAAUAGGCAAGCCACUUCUACAUGGCUUGCUCGUGAGUACAUGCCUAAGAUUAGAGCCAGACUCACUUAUUCGGCUACCGAAAUGCAAACGGAUGCAAGAGAAAGAUUUGCCUUGACCCUUGAUAAAAAAAAAUGUUACCGAGCCAUAUGGAGAGCUCUUAGUUGUAUAAGGGGGCCGAUAGGGAAGCAAUAUGAUAUGCUAAGAUCUUAUUUGGAGGAGCUCAAGAGAGUUAGUAAAAAUGGAAGAUUUGAGAUGGAGGUUAACCCAGAAACCAAAGUAUUUGAGAGGUUUUAUGUGGGCUUUGAUGAGUUGAAAAUGGGCUUUUUAGCAGGAUGUAGGCGUGUGAUAGGCUUGGAUGGGUGCUUCCUUAAGACUGGAUUGAAAGGUAUGUUGUUAUGUGCCGUUGGACGAGAUGGAAACAAUCAAAUGUUUCCAAUAGCUUGGGCAGUUGUGGAAGUUGAGUUUGAGGCAUCGUGGACUUGGUUUCUCGCUCGGUUAUUUAUUGACUUGAAUGUGGACACAGGCGAAGGCUGGACUUUUAUCAGUGAUCAACAAAAGGGACUAAUGAAUGCAAUUUCAUGGCUAUCUCCACAAGCAGAGCAUCGAAAUUGUGCAAGACAUAUAUAUGCUAAUUGGAAAAAAUUACACAAAGGGGAUGCUUUGAAGAAUCUCUUCUGGAGGGCUGUGAGGUGUACAUUUGAAGCUGAUUUUGACCUGGUAAUGGCAGAUUUGAAGAUGGAGUGUCCUAAAGGUUAUGAAGACUUCAUGAGGCAGGGCCCUAAGCACUUCUGCAGGGCUUUCAUUAAGACAGGUACCAAGUGUGAUGCGGUUGAAAAUAAUUUAAGUGAGACCUUUAAUGGAUACAUUUGCAUACCGAGAGCAAAACCCAUUCUUGAGAUGCUUGAAGAAAUACGAGCUAUGUUGAUGGAGAGAAUGACAGAGAGAAGCCAGUUAAUGGUUGAUCAAAUGGAUCCAAUUUGUCCAAGGAUUAGAAUGAAGUUGGAGAAGACUAAACUUGAGUUCGGGUAUUGUUUUGCUAGAGCGUCUUUGGGAAAUAAAUUUGAGGUUGAAGGGGAUGGCAAUAGAUUUGUGGUUGACUUGGCUGGGAAGACUUGUGCUUGUAGGGAAUGGGAUAUCUCUGGUAUACCAUGUAGACAUGCCAUAUGUUGCAUUGCUUUCAUGAAAUUAGACAUCAAUGAUUAUGUUGAUGAUUGCUUUAAGAAAGAAGCUUAUGAAAAAUGUUAUCAAUUUCCCUUCCCGGUCAUGAAUGGAGAAAAAAUGUGGCUCAAAGUCAAUGGUGAGCCAAUCAAACCCCCACCUUACAGAAGGAAAAGGGGUAGAGAGAAGAAAAAUAGAAUCAAGGAUAAGGAUGAGCGAAGUAGAGACGGUAAGAAAUUGACGAAAGUUGGAGCAAGAAGAGGAAGACCAAAGAAAACUGAUGGGGCUAGUGGUGCGCAAGCUAGUUCACAAGCUAAUAGAUCAUCUAAUGGGGACUCCACUAUCAUUAGGAAGGAGAGAGCACAGGCAAGACAAGGAUAUGGACUUUUCAUAUCUGAAGCUACCGGGAAUUCCUAUUUAAGGAUGCCGGGUAGUGAUAGAGUUAUUGACUUUGGAGGUCCAUCCAUUUCCAAGGGACAAACAAGAGCAAGGAAUGUUGUUGAAGUUUCACUAGGCCAAUCUUCUACUGAUAUCUCAGAACCUCCAUGUACUCAAGAAUCUAGAAUUGGUGGUUAA